AUGUCAGUCCUUUACGACUCUGAACCAGAAGACCUCAUCGAUUUUCUAGUACACAACGGCAAUGGAGUUAAGGGCCUUUCUCAAUUAAACCUCAAGCAAAUCCCAAGCCAAUUCAUACAGCCGCCCGACCAAAGACACAGCCAUAUCCAAGUCUCGACCCAGAAAUCCAUACCCACAAUCGACGUCUCCCAAUGGGCCGACACCAACACCGCUCAAUCGAUCUGCGAGGCCGCGACAACUUGGGGUUUUUUCCAGAUCGUCAAUCAUGGGAUCCCACCGGAAGUUAUGGAGAACGUGAAGAGGGCUUCUCACGACUUCUUCGGUCUGCCGGUGGAGGAGAGGAGGAAGUAUCUCAAGGAGAAUUCUCCCACUCAGAGUGUGAUGCUGAAAACCAGCUUCAGUCCCUUGGCCGAGAAGGUUUUGGAGUGGAAAGAUUAUCUCGUUCAUCUUGUCGGCACGGAGAUUGAUGGUGCGGAUUUUGCGCUCUGGCCCAGUGUGACUAGGGGUCCAGUUUCCGAAUACAUAAACCGAGUAAAACCCAUCAUCCGGAAGCUACUAGAGACAUUGCUCAAUGGCAUCAACGUGACUCAAAUCGACGAGGCAAAAGAAUCCGCCCUGAUGGGCACCCUCCUCACCACCCUUCUCCACUACCCCAAGUGCCCGAACCCUGAGCUGGCAGCCGGGGCCGGGCCCCACUCAGACAUCUCGUCCCUAACCAUACUCUUACAAGACGAUGUUGGCGGGCUCUACGUACGACUAUCUGGGACCACUGAUGAGUGGGCCCACGUCACACCAGUCGAUGGCUCUCUCGUCGUGAACAUCGGGGACGUGCUUGAGAUAAUGAGCAACGGGAGGUACAAGAGUGUUGAGCACCGGGUGUUUGUGGACGGGAGGAGGGAUAGGGUUUCAGUGCCCGUUUUUGUGAACCCGUCGGCCAAUGCCGUCAUUGGCCCGUUACCGGAAGUGAUGGAGGAUGGGGAAAAGCCGAUGUAUAGACGUCUUGUUUACUCGGAUUAUUUCGGUUAUUUCUUUAGUAAAGGGCAUGACGGCAAACGAACGAUUGAUUUCGCAAGGGUGUGA